AUGUCGCAAUUAGCUCGUUGGGUGCGUGCUCACCCGGCAAACGUGGUUGUUGUGCCCAUGAACGUUGUCAGAGUGGUCUCUUUACACGAAAUGUUUGCUAUCGGCACAGAAGGCCUUGGAGCAUGCUCCGCCAUUGUAAUAGCAUCAUCCCAUGGUGCCAUUGUUGCUCACAUUCCACCUCGCCCGACGGCAUCAGCAUCCGACCCGUAUGCUGGUGAUAACAAUGUUCGUCGGUUAAUGGCAGAAGUGACCACCUUGUACAUGCGUUACCGCGAUGAAUACUUUGCCAGCCAUACAGAUACUGUUAUUGUAUGUGCCCUGUAUCAGGGUGCCAUAGCCCUACCUGACCAAUCAUGCAUUCGGCACUUAGACGCUUGGGACCCAGUGUGUGGACAUAUGAUGUACCCGGAAACUAUACCAAUCCGGGACAAGGAACUGUGCUCGCCAUCGGUAGCCGCGGGCUCGCCUCCCUUGGGCUUCUCAAUGAUGGUCGCGCUCGGAUUUACAUUGAGGACCAGCAGUAUGUUCCGCGGCCGCAGUCCUGAAAUGGUAGGCUUGGAUUGCCUUCCUAUCAUGGUCUACAACGCCGGCCAUCACGAUACGACCGUACUGCAAAACUUAACACAUAGCAUUUCAAGUCUCGAUAGCAGAAAAAUGUUGGCCGUUAGGGUGCGAAGGAGGCCAGCACCCGCCGCCGUAUGCAAGGAGAUUGUGGGGAGAGGAGAGGCGAAAUAUAUACAUCUGUUGUCCUGGCGAAUCCAUCGUAACAGUAAUACUAAUACCCAAUAG